UUCCUCCUCCCCACCGCCACACACAGAUAUCCUUAGAACCGAAGAAGCGGAAGGGAAGCACCUCCCUCACUUGUCCUUCAUCUACUUCUCCAGUCCAGCCAGCUACUGCACCAGUUUUCAUUCUUGAGAAUUCCUCUCAGUUUUCCAAGAAUUGAAUAGCUUCUGCAGUAGCUAGCCACAUAGCUGUUGGAUUGAUUAACCUAAUCACCAACACUAACUUCUAUCUAUCUGUCGAAACUCCAAUGGCUUCCUGUCUCUCAAAAGCAAAUCUCCUUCCCCUUGCCGCCUCCAUUCAUCGACGAGGUUACGCGGCUGCAUCACAUGGCCCAGUGGCAGCUGGAUAUGGAAUGGCAGGGUCCAGGAGUGCUAUGGUGAGGAAGCUGGAAGAGGGGGUUGGGAUGAAGGAAGAGUCUUCGUCUGCUUGGGCACCGGAUCCUCGAACCGGGUACUACAGGCCGGCUAAUAGGGGGGAUGAGAUCGACCCAGUGGAGCUCCGGGAAAUGCUCUUGAACCAGAAACAGUUGUUGGUGAAAUUACAAUAAAAUUAUAAUUUCUAUAUGAGAAA